AUGUCUUUUGUUGUCCAUCGCACUCGCGCGCAGCACUACUUUCGGCAAAGAGCCCCAAUUGUUCACUCCUCCAUUGGCUUUGUCCAGACCCUGGGCUUGGAAGAGAACUUCGGUACCGAACCCAACAAUGAACUGGACGAGUACAGGCGCUUCUUUGAGGGCGUAUCGGCCACCGUCGAGACCGCUUGGAAUGACUACUACAUUGAGUUCUUCAUGGGCCACCGGGCCGCGGCGUUUCCGCGCUGGCACCGGAUCGAAACCCGGCUGCGCGACCUCCAGGAGCACGAACAUCUCGCCGACUACCUGGCGCCCAUUGGCGAGGUCCCUAACCUGUACAAGUCGCAUGUCGGUUGGGAUCAGCUCGAUCAUGUCUGCGCGUUCAUUCUGCGCCUGCAAAUGGUUCGGCUGGAACACGAGUCGCAUGGAGCGACCCCCUGGACGAAAUCUCGGACCUGGGGUGCUGCGUACGUCUUGGGCGAUAUGCUGCACUGGUUGCAUGUCCAUCAGCAGCAGGAAUGGCUCAAGUCGGGAGAGGUAGCCGAGGCCGAUGUUGCUACGGAACAGGCAACUAAUGGAAACGCCAUUGUGCAAUUCGAGUCGCCGCAGACUCGUUGGGGGAGAUUCUGGAGCUGGUGA